UCAGUUUCGUGCAACUAACCGUCGCGUACACAACUAAAUUGAAUCCGUUCCGUAUUCUCUUGUGGAGGGAAAACCGGAAACCGGUUUUAGGGGACGCGCUGGUCCAAGAAGAGCGAGGGUUACAAUGCGUCAUCCAUCGGGAAUCGGACAGUGGACAUCGUCCUUAAUCCUACUAUUCAUUACGACACGCGCAUCUUCGACGAGACAGCCGCAUAUUAUUUUUAUCCUGGCGGAUGAUUUGGGAUGGAAUGAUGUCGGUUUUCAUGGUUCCGGUCAGAUUCCAACGCCGAAUAUCGAUGCUCUGGCAUAUUCCGGGUUGCUGCUCGAUAGAUAUUAUGUCACACCAAUUUGCACACCGUCUAGAAGUGCUCUUAUGACCGGCAAAUAUCCCAUUCACACUGGAAUGCAGCAUGGCGUACUUAAAGGCGCGGAGCCUAGGGGAUUGCCACUUCACGAGAAGAUUCUACCGGAAUAUUUGCGAGAGCUUGGCUACAGUACGCAUAUUGUCGGCAAAUGGCACUUAGGAUUUUACAAAAGGGAAUACACUCCGACUUAUAGAGGAUUCGACACCCAUACUGGAUAUUGGACAGGCCAUCACGAUUAUUACGAUCAUACAGCUGUUGAAAAUCCUUAUUGGGGUUUGGAUAUGAGGCGGGGUAUGGAAGCGGCAUGGGAUCUUCACGGUGAAUAUUCCACGGAUAUUUUUACGAAGGAGGCGGUGAGACUGAUUGACAAUCACAAUUCUAGUCGACCGAUGUUCUUAUAUCUUGCUCAUGCGGCCGUGCACUCCGGAAACCCGUAUAAUCCGCUUCCAGCGCCGGACGAAGAAGUCGCUAAGUUCAACAAUAUCUUCGAUUAUAAUCGAAGACGUUUUGCAGCUAUGCUGAGUAAACUGGAUCAAUCGGUGGGCCAAGUGGUUGAGGCUCUACAUAAGAACGACAUGUUACGAGAUAGUAUAAUCGUCUUUUCGUCAGACAACGGUGGGCCUGCCGCUGGAUUUAAUUUAAACGCAGCAUCUAAUUGGCCGUUGAGAGGCGUCAAAAAUACUCUUUGGGAAGGUGGCGUCAGAGGUGCAGGAUUAAUAUGGUCACCCAAAUUAGUGCGCCCUGGCCGAGUGAGCAGACAGAUGAUGCAUAUUACUGAUUGGCUGCCGACACUAAUAACAGCUGCCGGUGGCGAUAUAUCAAAUUUAACUUCGAUCGACGGUAUGAAUUUGUGGAAUGCGCUUAGCGAGGAUACCGAGUCGCCGCGAGCAAAUAUUCUUCACAAUAUCGACGAUAUUUAUGGCGUAUCCGCUAUUACGGUCGGUGACUGGAAACUUAUUCAAGGAUCCACUUAUAAUGGAGCAUGGGAUGGAUGGUACGGUCCAUCCGGCAGGGAAUGGAUUUACGAUGCAGAUGGUGUGAUUAGCAGCACAGCGGGACGCGCUGUCACGAGUGUGGGGUUGAGUGUUACCACGGAAAUUAUCUGGUUCCUGCGCGAAAACGCGAUGAUUAAGUGCCCGCCAAAAAAUGACAGUCUACCGAUCUGCAAACCGUUAGAAGAGCCGUGUCUCUUCAACGUCUACCAGGAUCCUUGCGAGGAUAAUAAUCUUGUGAAACAAUUCCCCACGAUCGUCAGAAAGCUACAGGAAGAGCUGAAGAAGAUCAACAACACCGCGAUUUUACCCGGAAAUCUUCCAUGGGAUAGUAAAGCCGAUCCGAGUCUGUGGGAUCAUACUUGGAAUAAUUUCGGAGAUUAUAUUAAUAACGUUAUGAUGAGCGCUGCAGCUUGAUUGAAAUAAUGAUAAAUUAAUUUUAUGUUUCUUCCCGCUAAGUGAUGAAUAAUAAUCCUUAUAAAGAUUUUAUAUACAUUUGAAAAUACUGCCUACGUUAUAGUUUAGAUCUUUCUUUAUUUAAGAAAUAUUAUUAGGUUAUAAAAAAUCUAUAAAAUUAUGAAGAUACAAUCUUUUUUUACUUUUUAUAUAGACAUCGAUAAUAAAAAAAAAACGUAUAUUUCAGAUUAUAGUCUCAGAUUGUAGAGUAACUCCUCAAUAUUAAAUUAGGAGCGUUAUUUUAUUUAUAACAAUUGCAUGAAUUUAUUUUAUGUUAUUGCUCAAUUUUUUUAAUGUUAUUUUACAACAGCGCACGAUCCUAGUGCAUUUAGCAAAGAAAUGUAUGAUUUAAUAGACGAAUAAAUUGAAGUAUAAAAUAUAAGAAA